UUCGUUGUGGUUGUAUGAACUUGUGCCGCAGCAGCAUCAGCAGCAGCAACAGCAGCAACAACAACGACAACGACAAGAACGACAGCAGCGGACAGAGACGACAUUGUCGCCAUCAUUGUCACCAUCGCCGUAGAGAAUUGUAAGAAGCAACAGCAGGAAGAGUUUUUCGUGUGAGCAGCCAAAGACAAAACGAUUUGUGGCUGCAUUUACAAAUCAAGUGCAUUGCGGCUGCAACACGCAAUUUAAAAAAAAGAGUCACAAGAAACAAUAUUGUCUCGCACAACGCUUCGUAUGCGUAAUGUCAUAAACUAUUAAGUCGCCAGAGGCCGAUUAUACAACAAUAAUAACAAUAAACACACGAGGAGCGUUGGUUUUAUGUGUCAAUUUCCGUUUGGUGCGCUUUUAAAACUUUUAAAAACAACUGACUUCCGCGCCAAGGCAUCAAAACAACAGCAACAGGAAGCGGGCUAAGGAAAUCGGGCAGGCAACAGAAGCAGCAUCCUUGCGGUGCCAAUUGUGCAGCAAAACGCGCUUCAGGAUUGUCCCACGUCUAGGAGCAUCAAAAACUCGUAUUGUAUCCAUAAGUUCCUUUGUGCGCCAUGCACGACACAGCCGGCAAACCGUCCCCCAUAACCACGCCCACACAGUCACCGAUGGCGGCGGCAGAGCCCGGUGCCGGGCCAGCUGACGAUGAGGAUGAGACCGAUGUGAUUGGCGACUUGAUGGGUCACUAUGGCAAAUGGCAGUUAGUCAUGACGGUGCUGCUGUCGCUGUUCCAGGUGCCAAACACCUUUCACAUAUCCUCAUCCGUGUACCAGGCGGCCAACAAGGAGUUCUGGUGUCAGCGGCCAUCAAAUCUCCAGCAAUUGCCCGUCGAUGUUUGGCGUAAUCUGAGCGGCUCUCAAGACAAUUGUCAUGUGCUUGCCGGCAUCGAUUGGAGCCAGCUGAGCAACGACACGUUACCCGAACAGAUGGAGCAACAGGCGGCAGCAGCUGCGGCAGCAACUGCCGACGACGGGAAGCUGAUUGCCUGCAACAACUGGGAGUACGCGACGAACGACAAUGUCGGCAACACUUGGACAUCGCAGUGGGAUCUGGUGUGCGACAAGGAGCAUUUAAAGAACGUGGCCGAGAUGUUCUUUCUAUUAGGCGUCGCAACAGGUGGCAUCAUUUCCGGCUAUCUCUCUGACAAGUUUGGCCGCAAAACAAUGCUCUUCAUAUCGGCCAUUCUGCAGACCAUAUUCGGUCUUUGGCUGUAUUUCUGCAGUUCCUUUGAGCUAUAUUUAACGUUGCGUGCCCUAUUGGGGCUCGUCUCCGUCUCGGUCACCUACUCCGGCCUCAUAUUGGCCAUCGAGUAUGUGGAUGGCAAGUGGCGCACCAUAGCCGGCAUGUACAAUCUGUUCCCACUGCCAAUCUCGUAUAUGAUUAUCUCUGGUCUGGCCUAUUUGACGCAAGACUAUCAACGUCUGCAGCUGUGCAUUGGUGUUCCGGGCAUUUUCCUCUGUUUUCUCUGGUUUGUGGUGCCGGAAUCUCCGCGCUGGCUGCUGGUCAAGGGUCGAGUUGAGGAAGUGAGACGCAUCAUUGAGGCGGCGGCCGUUUUCAAUGGACGACAGCUGCCCCCGGACUAUCAGCUGACGCCGCCCACGCAGGAGAGCAGCUCGCAGGACUUUACGUAUCUGUUUCGGUCCAGCUACUUGAGGCGCAUCUCCAUAUGUUUCCUGUGCAUUUGGUUUACCAUGAACCUGGUAUAUUACGGCAUUAUCUUAAAUAUGAGCUCGUUCGGUGGAAAUGUCUACUUGAAUUCGGCGCUAGCUGGCCUAGUCGAAAUACCUGCCAUUGCGGUGGCCAUGUACAUUAUCACCAAGGUGGGCAAGAAGUGGCUCUUCUGCGCCACCUUGCUCUGUGCCGGGGUCGCUUGCUGCUGUGCUGCGAUCACCGAGGGUCGCGAGGAUAUGCUCUGGCUGAAGAUCACAUUCCUGAUGAUGGGCAAGUUUACGAUCAGCGCCGGCAACACUAUCAUGCCCGUUUAUACUGCAGAACUAUAUCCCACAGCCAUACGCAAUGUGGGCGUGGGCGCCUGCAAUGUGGCUGCCGGAUUGGCGCUAAUAUUAACGCCCUACUUGUCGCUUUUGAACAAAAUCGAGGGCCACCUGUUGAUGUCACUGCUAACCGCCUGGAGCAUCUUUGGUGGCUUCGUGGUGCUCUUCUUACCGGAGACGGCGGUGCGAAAAAAUGCAUCAUCCGCAACCAGACGCCAGAACGCAGCAAAGCAGGUGUAAUAAAUUUCAGAGACGUCGUCAUAAUACGCCUCCCCCCUCUACUCAUCCCCUGUCACCUAGGAAAUAUUUUGGCUGGUCCAAAGUAUGUAAAUGAGCACACAGGCUACCCAAAAACUACUAACAAUCUAGCAAUACCAACAAUAAUCGUUGCCCAGCCCUGAUUUGACAUAUCCAUCGCCGCAGCCACCGUCACCUUCCUACAACCGGGAACUCAAGUAAAUAGCGCAAUUUAUCGAAUGUCCAUUAAAUGCCAUAAUUCAAAGUGUCAGGCAGGACCUUAUAUGCGUAGCAAGUAGCGAGUAUUUAAAAACAAAAACUAAACAACAAAACAAAAAAAGUAGUCAGAAAGUAACAAUGGCUUUUAGCUUAUAAUAGGAUAAGAACCGAAAAAUACAUAUUGUUAACAAAGUCACAAUUCGGAGUAGGUUAAUAGCUUCGGUAUCAUCGAAGAUAAUAAAUUUCACAUUAAUAUAGUACAACAUGGAACAUGAUGAGCAAAUUACUCAAAUUACGCAACAGUUAAACUUUUCUCACCCUCGUAUCUACUUUUAAGCUUUUAAAUAACAUCUCAAGUUAAUUAUUAAAGUUGUUAUGAAAUAAUUUCAAAUCGUGGAUAAUAUCGCCAUUGUCUCCUGCCCAAAACAAUUUUUGUGAGAUUUUCGUAGGACAACCGAAUAACUAGAAAUGAAUGUCAAAAAAAGUGUAUGUAAAAGUAUUGCUAAAUUAUUUACUCCAUCAGCAGCGCUAUGCACAGCAGCCAAUAUAUAUAAACAAACCAAAAAUUCUUGUCGAUAUGUCUUGUCAAUAUGUCAACGUAUACAUAAUCUCGUUGUUAUUGCCGUCUAUUACUAAAUGUUUUAUAAAAAAAUAAA